AUCCGGGACUCGUUCUAUCACAGUCGGUCUGCGAAACAGGAUCUGGGACGGUCGGUUUCAACUCGAGCGUUGGGUGCAGCUAAGAAGCAACAGACUCACUGCCCCAGUACAGAUUGAGCAUGGAUCAGCAAGCUGGUAGCAAAGUGCAAGGAAAACAGCUGGUGAAGGUGGCUUCUGAAAUAUCCUCUAGUUGGGAAGAGCUUGCUUCUAAUCUUGAUGCCGACCUCUUCGAUACAAAUCGUACAGACAGUAUCAGGCGUAUGGACCCCUUGGAUCCACAGAAGCAAGCAAAGCGAAUGUUGGAUGCUUGGGUGGGCAAGCAUGCGGAUGGUGCUACUCAACGUCAGCUUAUUCUAGCUCUUUGUGAGAUGGGAAAUCGGGCACAAGCCCACAAUGUUUUCACUGAAGCUCUUGUCACGUUUGUGGAGAAGGGAGCUGUGCCAUCUGCUGUACCAUCUGCUCCUCCACAUGGCCAAGUUCAGGCUACUAAUGGAGCACAAGCAACCCCUGCAACUGCGUGUGAAUACGAGGCACUUAUUCAGGACAAGGAGGGUAGAAAGAAGCUCACUAGAGUCAUUAAAAACAACGUGUCGGGCUCGUAUCUUGAAAUCGGACUCGAGGCUGGCUUGAAGCAGAACGUAAUAGAUGAAAAGGCUAAUGCUCAGACAUCUGGACACGCUAAACUUCAAGCUGUCCUCGGUGCUAUAAUGGAAGAUGUGGGCGAGAAGGAAAUGCUCCGAAUAGUUCUAAAGGCUUGCAAAGAAUUGGGCAUAAUGGGUGGUAUUCGGGAUGACUUGUCCUAGUGGUUGUGUGAUUUCUCUGUGAAGGCAACUUGCAUGUCGCAGGUAGCUUGAUGUCGUGCAGUGUUGGCUAGAAAAGUGUUUAGCGAAUAUGCUUUUUACAUAAACUUUAAUUUUGAAUGCAUGCCGUUUAGUUGAGGGCAAAUAAUUUGACGGUAUUGAAACUUUUAAUGA